CUGCUUUUUCCACUUCACCUUUUCUUGGUAGUUUCGUUUCACCUUACAUGCCCUUGACUUCACAUUGACGUUGAUCCAAGCUACCAGGAAACUGUGAUCAGUGCAACUAUUUUUGAGAGCCUCUUCCUCUUCUGCUCCUUCUUCAUUCCAUCAGCGAGCUGUGCGUGAAACUAGAUUCGAUGGCCACCCAAUUGAGAGCUUCUUCUUCUUUCUCCUCUGCUUUUUCCACCCGUUCAUACACACACGAUGUGUUUCUGAGUUUCAGAGGCGAGGAUACUCGCUACGCUUUCACUGGUCAUUUGUACAAGUGUUUGGUUCUUAACAGGAUCAACACCUUCAUAGAUGAUGAGCUUAGAAGAGGAGAGGAAAUAUCAGAAGCACUUCUCCGAGCCAUUGAAGGAUCAAAGCUCUCUCUCAUUGUGUUCUCUGAAAACUAUGCAUUCUCAAAGUGGUGUUUGGAUGAACUGGUUCAUAUCCUUGAAAGUAGAAGAUCAAAGAACCAAAUGGUUCGGCCAAUCUUUUACAAAGUGGAUCCCUCGGACGUAAGAAACCAACGAGGUACAUUUGGUGAGGCACUUGCACAGCAUGAACGCAGAUUCAAAAAUAAAAUGGACGGGGACAAGGUGAAAAGAUGGAGAGCAGCUCUUUCAGAAGCAGCAAAUUUAUCUGGGUGGCAUUUCUCGGACGGAUACGAAUAUGAAUUUAUUGAUAAAAUUGUUGAAGAGAUUUCCGCACAAGUAAAAGAACCUACCUACUUGGAUAUGCCAAAGUGCCAAGUUGGGCUAGACUCUCGGGUAGAACAUAUACUUGAAAUGUUAGAUGUUGGCGGAAGUGAUGUACGCAUGGUAGGAAUAUGGGGAAUUGGCGGAAUAGGGAAGACAACAAUUGCUAAAGCUGUUCACAAUACAAUUGCCCGUAAGUUUGAUGGUAGCUGCUUUUUGGCAAAUGUUAGAGAAGGCUCAGAGCAACAUGGAGGUUUAGUCAACCUACAAAAUAUUCUUCUCUCUAGCAUUGUGCGGCAGAAAGAAUCGAAAAUAAACAACAUUCAUGAAGGAAUCACUUUGUUGCGUGAGAAGUUGAGACAUAAAAGGGUUCUUUUAGUUGUCGACGAUGUGGAUGAUUCGGACCAGUUAGAGAAAUUAGCUGGUAGACCAGAUUGGUUUGGUCGUGGCAGCAGAAUUAUCAUAACAACAAGAGAUAAGCGUUUGUUGACUGCUCACGAAGUCAAUCCUAUAUACAAGGCCAGGGAACUAGAUGAUCACGAAGGUUGUGAGCUCUUCAGGUUAUAUGCCUUCAAGAAAAAGAAAAAUGAUGAUGAUGAUGAGAAACUCUGGAUUAGCACUAUUGUUAGAUAUGCUCAUGGCCUUCCGUUAGCCCUGGUAGUUUUGGGUUCACAUCUAUGUGGUAGACCUAUACAUGAAUGGCAAUCUAUGUUAGAUGGUUUUAAAAGAAAUCACCCCAAAAACAUUCGAGAUACUCUCAAAGUCAGUUAUGAUGGACUGGAAGAAACAGUGAAAGAAGUUUUCCUCGACAUUGCUUGUUUCUUCAAAGGUUGGAAUACAAGGGCUGUGAUACAUAUACUAGAAGAUUGUGACCGCAACAACCCCAAGCAUAGCAUUGAAGUUCUUGAAGAAAAGGCACUCAUAAAUGUUGAUGUAUAUGGUUGUAUUUCCAUGCAUGAUUUGCUAGAAGAGAUGGGAAAAGCUAUAGCUCAGCAAGAGUCUACAAAGCUUGGUGAGCGAAGCAGAUUAUGGCAUCAUAAGGAUGUGCAUUAUGUUCUAACAAAAAACAUAGGAACAAGUAAAAUUGAAGGUAUAAUAAUAAAAAUGCCUACAGCAGAUGAGAUACGCUUGAAUCCUAAAUGCUUCAAAAAUAUGAGAAAUCUUAAAAUUUUCAUAAACAUCAAUGGACGGUUUUGUGGAAAUGUUGAUUAUUAUCCGAAUCAGUUGCGGUUACUUGAAUGGCGUGACUGUCCGCUGAAAUUUUUGCCCCGUAGUCUUAAUAUGAAGAAUCUAAUUCAACUUAAUAUGCCUCGUAGCCGCAUCUCACUUUUCAAGAGCAUGGAAAAUCUGAAAUAUUUAAAUUUGAAGGGAUGUGAAUUCCUAGCACAAAGCCCAGACCUGUCUGGAAGCCCAAACUUAGAGUUGCUGGAUCUAAGUAGCUGUACAAGUUUAAAGAAGAUUCACCCUUCGGUUGGAUCCCUCCAAAAGCUUAUUACGCUGAAUCUUGCAGGGUGCUCUAACCUCGUGACACUUCCUGAAAAAGUUAACUGGAGAUCCCUCCGUAAGAUUAAUCUUCGCUCUUGUGAAAGGCUGAAGAGUUUUCCUGAAAUUAUGGGAGAGAUGAAAUACAUGACAUCCUUGAGUCUAGACUACACUGGCAUCAAAGCAUUGCCUUCAUCCAUUGGAUAUCUAAUUAACCUUGAAAGCUUGAGUUUAACUUGUUGUGAAAACCUCACAGAUCUACCUUGCAGCAUUUAUGAAUUGCAAAAUCUGAAGAACUUUCGAUUGACCAACUGCCCAAAACUGGUAAGACUCCCAAAUAAGGAGGACUCUGAAGUGCUUCCAACUUACACAAAGGUUUCACAUGACAACCGUGACUCUUUAUCGAAAAGAAAGAGAUGGAGUGAAGGUGAAUUCAAUUUAUCGAAAAGAAUGAGACGGAGUGAAGGCAGUUCAUUGGAGCCAGAGCCAGGCACUGAAUUCAAUUCGGCGCUUCCUUGUCUAUUUUCCUUCAACGCGUAUGGAUGCAAUUUGUCUAAUAUUGAUUUCCUCGCGUCCCUUGAUUCUGCAUCCACUUUAGAGGAACUUCAUUUAAGUGGAAGCCCCAUUGUUAUUCUUCCCGAAUUCAUCAACAAAUUUUUCAACUUGAGGAAACUCGAUUUGAGCGGCUGCAGGAGGCUCGUAGAAAUUCCAGAGCUUCCACCAAGGAUUGAAUGGUUGGGUGUGAGGGAUUGCGUAUCAUUGGAAAGAAUUUCAAAGUUGUCAAACAUUGUGGAGCGUAAAGAAUCACAAAUAAUGAUUGAGGAGAUGGACUUGACUAAUUGCUGGAGCCUCUGUCAGAAUUUGGUUCAGAUGGCAAACAAGGAUGAUGAUGAUGAGGUGCACGCUGAUCUCUUCUCUCGACUCCUAUCUUCUCAGCUAUUCAAAUUCAGAAUUAAAUUUCCAGUUCCAAGAAGCGAGGUUCCAAAGUGGUUCAGCUGUCAAAUGGAUUUCAAGGGGCAUCGGCGGUUUGAAUUUUGGAUUGAAACACUUGCAAAUUUCAGAAUGGAGAACACAGGAUUGGCUGUCUGUGUUGCUGUUGAUCCAAAUAUGCAAUAUGAGUUUACUGGGUUUGAGGUAUGUAUUCACAUCAAUGAAGUACGUGUUUCAGAUGUCAACGCAUGGAUUGCUUCAGAAGAGUCGAAUCAUGUGUGGCUCUACUAUGUUCCCUUCCUUGAAAUGCGGCAACGAGUUGGUUUUACGUGUCGAGUCGUUAUUUAUCAAGGUAAGUACUCUAAGUGCUCCAUAAAAAGCUGUGGUGUCCACCUUGUAAUGCCACCCAAUGAAGACGUUUGUAUGAAGCUAAUCCGUGCAGAGAACCUCACCAGUAAAUAUCCUUCUGAUGAUGAAGUUGAUCAGGACCUCUCGGAGGACUGACUGACUGCAAAGAAUUAUACACUGAUGCACAACUUGAAAACGGAAAGCUGUAAAUAUUACUAAUGUAGCAUAGCAUUGUCUAUGGACCAGUGUGACGAAUACAGGUAAAUAUAGUUUCCUCUGGUGGAACCAUACACCGUUCCAAUGCCAGCUCAUCAGUUGAAAUUUUGCAUUUGCAUGUUCAUUGGCAGUCCUAUUCUAAGCUACUGAAAGGUUUAAAUAACAAGAAGCUGGAAUAUCAGAAGAAAGGUCUUCCAAAAGCCGAAGCACCGCCUUGCCUGCACAAGCUUGACUUUACAAAGGGACCUCAUUGUGGUAUACAUAAAUCAAAUUUCCGACAGUGGCUUAUUGCAAUGGAGGUAAUAGUGUAUCUCUGAGUUUCAGAUAUAUGCAUAUCAUGCAAGACACUUGAAUGAAGAAGCUCUGUCGGUGAGUGUGAAAGUGGUUGGUAAGAAGGUACCACCAUUUUCAUUUAAGCAGGUUCAGCAAUCAGAAACCGCGGUCUCAAUCUUGUAAGUCAAGUCCCCAACCAAAUUGCCUCCAAUGGAGGUAAUAAUAAUACUGUAUGUCUUUUCUUUUGUUUCAUAUUUGAGCAUAUUAUGCAAGACACUUGAAUGGAGAAGAGGUAUUGUUGAGAGCAGAUUUUGUGACUGGUUGAAGUAUUGAAUAACUCAAACUGAAUAUAUUGGGGCUGAAUCUUACUAGAAAGAAUGUGACCUCUUAGUCUUAUGCUCAAAGUUUGAUGUUUACAGGCCUGUAACAGCCAUGCCAUUACAUAUAUUCCCAGUUUAUGUCGCUCUCAAGUGCUAAUGCAGUUGAGUUCAUCUCAACCAUGCUGCAGUUUCAAUAGCUUUUGUUCAAGAGAACAAAAUCCCUACUAUUUUAUCAUGCUUUCCAAACUGUUCUGCGCAUGUAAAAAGUAGGUCAUAUACUAUUUCCUUAGAUACUCUAAAUACGAGGUCCAAGUUGUUGGGAUUGUAUCUAAGGUAUACAUCCGUGUUGUUCAGCAAUUAUCAGCUUCACCAAUGUUUCUAGCACUCAAAGGCAGAAGAACUGGGGUUAUCUUGCUCUUCGUGGGAGGAAUUCUUUCAGUUGAGAGAUUCAGAUUGUGAAGUACCUCCAAAACAUAGGACUGCUGUUGCACAAUAAUGUAUACACAUGGAACAACUGGAGAACCAAAAGGCAUAAUUGUUACUAAUGCAGCAUUAAAGUCAGAGGACUAAUGGAAAGUUAUCAUCCCAAACAGUGGACUGACUGCAAAGUAUGCUGAUGCACAACUGGAGAAUGAAAAGUUGUAAUUAGUACUAAUACAGCAAUGUUGGUAAAGCAUUGACUAUGGAUCAAUGUGACGAAUAAGGUAUUGAGUAGAGUUUCCUCCGGUGGAACCAUACCCUGUUCCAAUAUGCAUAUAACUUAGCCAGCUCAUUAGUUGAAACUUUGCAUUUGCAUUUUCAUGGGCAGUAGUCAUAAGUCUUGUGAUUACUGAAAAAGGUUUAAAUAACAAGAAGUUGGGAUAUCUGAAGUAGUGUCUUCCAAAAUAUGAAGCACAAGCUUGACUUAAAAAGGAUAGGUGAUGCCAUUACAUCUAGCUAUUUAAGGCCGAAGAACAGAUGUAGUGAGGCUUUUGUUGAUUAAACGAUCGAUGUUGCUGGAAUCUGGUGUGUAAUCUUCAGAAUGAUUGCAUAUGCUUCCCCUCUUUCAGCUAUGUGUAAGACUUUUAAGACUACUUGCGAAAUGAGACUUGGCAGACCCCUCUACUUACUCUAGGAUUGGAUAUGGUAUUGAGACUUGCAUCCCACUGUCAAAUCAGUCAACUUGUUCUUUUGAUUUGUUUUUGUUCUUAUGCCUAGAGUAGCAAUUGAAUGA